GAAAAAACCCACGACUAUCAUUGUCUUUUACUCCCCCCACCUAAACACACCGUCUUUUAUGAGCAUUUUGCUCAACAAGAAAAAUUAGUAGGAAGUAAAUGAGCUUUUCAUGAUCCUCCUCCUAGCUUUUUCAUUCAUACAGAGGGGGAGCUAGAUAAAGAAAAAUGGUGAAAGAAAAGAGAUUUGAAUGGAACCCAUGGUUGAUUCUCCAGCAAAACCAGUCACUAGUUAAAUUUGGUGUUUCAUUUCUUCUUGUUGGUCUUGUUUUCAGAUUUCUUUACACUACUGGUACCACCACUACUAGUAGUUCUUCUUCCAUUGCAAAAGCAGUACCAUCUCUGGAAGAAAACUCACUGGAUGAUGCAGAAGAGAUACAAAUUCUUCACAAAGGGAAAUGUGAUUUGUUCAUUGGGAAUUGGAUUAGAGAUCCAUUGGGUCCGUUUUAUACUAAUGAGAGUUGUCCUAUAAUUGAGUCUCCACAAAAUUGUAUGAAAAAUGGGAGGCCGGAUUCAGGGUAUCUGUAUUGGAGGUGGAAACCAAGAGAUUGCGAUGUCCCGAGGUUUAAUGCCAAGAAGUUUCUGAAAUUGAUGCGGGAUAAGUCUUGGGCGUUUAUUGGUGAUUCGAUUAGUCGGAACCAUGUCCAGUCGUUUCUUUGCAUCCUAUGGAAGGUGGAACCAGCAGUGGAGGUGUACCAUGACUUCGAGUAUAAAUCCAGAAGAUGGCACUUUCCGUCGUAUAAUUUCACGGUUUCCUUGAUAUGGUCACCGCUUCUUCUCAAGGCUGACAUUCAUGAAGAUAGGAAUGGUGUUGCGUCUUCGGAUAUUCAUUUGCAUCUUGACAAGCUCGACGCAAAAUGGGCUGAUCAGUAUGAGACAUUUGAUUACAUUAUACUUUCAGGUGGGAAGUGGUUUCUUAAGACUAUAAUUUACUUUGAGAAUGGCAAAGUCGUUGGCUGCCACAAUUGCAAAGGUGCGCUGGAAUACGGAUUUGACAAUGCAUAUCGAAAAGCAUUGAAGCUUGUGUUUGAUUUUGUUAUGAAUUCAGAGCACAACAGCUUAGUGCUCUUCAGGACUGCUUCUCCGGAUCAUUUUGAGAAUGGGGAAUGGUUCAGUGGAGGGACUUGUGAUCGAACUGCUCCAUUUAAGGAAGGACGCGUGAAGUUGAAAGACAUCGAUGCUAAGAUGCGUCUCAUUGAAUUUGAGGAAUUCAAGAAAGCUCGGGUGACUAUGACUGAAUCCAAAACGAGAGUAAACUUGAAAAUAUUUGACAACACCCAUCUUGCUUCGCUUAGGCCUGAUGGCCAUCCUGGUCUGUACAGGGAGUUCCAUCCGCUGCGUAAAAACGUGAAAGUUCAUGACUGUCUGCAUUGGUGCUUGCCUGGUCCUAUUGAUUCUUGGAAUGACUUGAUUAUGGAGAUGGUGCUGCGCAGUUGAGUUGCUCGUAUAUUAUUACUAGUUGGUAGCCAUAUCUUAAUUUAUAGGCCUAAUAGUUUGAUUUUCGAACAUUUCUCCACGGAUGUAAUGUGUAUGCGUGAUAGGGUUUGCUCUAUUUAGCAAACUUUCUAAUCUUGGAUCUGUCACCUUGACUCUUAGCCACUGGUCAGUUAUGUUUACAUGCAGCAUUCCUUAAUAAUGGUUGCAACCUGCAAGGCUGCAGGGCUUGCAAUGUGCUGCAUUUCCCUUGCUUGCUUCA